AUGAUAGAAGCAAAUUUAUACCCAAUAGUAAACCAAAAAACGGUUUGUUCGUCCAAAACCCCUUGUAAAGUAGUAUGGGGAGAUGAUGGUAUCGCCCCAUCUUUAUUGGAAUUACCAAAUAUUAAUGUUAAAUUAAUGACGGGACCGAAUAGUAAUCAGAUUGAAGUUAUGGAUUUAGGUACAUUUCCUCCAGCAAAGGGUAAGGUCGUUUAUAAGAUUCCUGCCAAUUUGGGACCAGCCGGAAAAUAUUACUUUUACAAAUUCAUUGCUGGAGCUGUUCAAGUUUGGUCCACUAGGUUUACCAUUAAAGACGUAAAUGGCAAAAUUGUAGGGUUUGAUCCUGAAACUGUUGAUGCUAAAGGUGAAACGAUAGCACCGAAGGGUAAAGUUAAUAAUAAUGUUGGAACAAUGGAUAAUUCUACAAAUACAAAUGCUGCCGAACCAAAAUCAGUCGAAACUAACGCUGCGUCACAUACAAACGGCGUAAAUGUGGGAUUAUCAAUGAUUGGCAUGGCAGCUGUUUCUGUUUCUUAUCUUUACUAUUAA